AUGCGUUUUUCAAAAACCUUUCUUGCCGCUGGCUUUACGGCAUCAGUAUUUGCUGCCCCCAUUCCCGACGAAGAUAAUGGAGAAUGUUACUGGGAGCCUGAGGAAACCUCCAGCGCGCUAGCAGUCGUUGCCAGUUCAACUUCUGCUAGUCUCGUAGCCAGUUCAGUAUCCACAUCUGCCGCUGCCAGUUUAGCUGCCACAAAGGCCGUAACAUCAGCCAGCGUUGCCAGUUCAGUAUCCACAUCUGUCGCUGCCAGUUUAGCUGCCACAAAGGCCGUAACAUCAGCCAGCGUUGCCACAUCCAGUCCUUCAUCUACUGCGGCCACCGCAGCUGUUACUACCUCUGCUGUUGCAAGCUCUUCUUCCAGUGCCUCUAGUGCAUCAAGUACAGGAGCUCUCGAAUGGCUAGGUGUUAAUGAGUCUGGAGCAGAGUUCGGAACAGGCAACAUUCCCGGGGUAUUGGGAACUGACUACACAUGGCCUCUGACCGCCUCUAUUCAGACCCUUAUGGAUAAGGGAAUGAACAUCUUCCGAAUCCCCUUCCUCAUGGAGCGUCUUGCACAAGGCACAAUCACCGCUUCCCUUGACGCAACAUAUCUCGCCGACCUAAAGACCAUCGUGUCUUUUAUCACUGCUGCAGGAGGCCACGCUGUUAUCGAUCCCCACAACUAUGGUCGUUACUCAGGAAGUAUCAUCACUUCUACAUCUGACUUCCAGACUUUCUGGCAAAAUGUGGCAACCGAGUUCGCGUCGGACAGCAAUGUUGUGUUUGACUGCAACAACGAGUUCCAUGACAUGCCAUCCAACACUCUCGUUGCGGAACUCAACCAAGCUUGCAUUGACGGUGUCCGAGCAGCCGGUGCCACCACGCAAUACGUGUUUGUUGAAGGAACUUCCUAUACCGGAGCCUGGACAUGGGUCAGUUCCGGAAACGCGGACGCCAUGGUCGGUCUUACCGAUCCAUCUGACAAGAUCGUCUACGAAAUGCACCAAUACCUUGACUCGGACGGAUCUGGCACCUCAGACACUUGUGUCUCGUCUACCAUCGGCUCUGAGCGCAUCGCUGCCGCCACGGCAUGGCUCAAGGCAAACAACAAGAAGGGUAUCCUCGGUGAGUUUGCUGGAGGAGCAAACUCGGUUUGUGAGACUGCCGUUACCGGAUUGGUGGACGCAUUGACUGCUGCCUCUGACGUGUGGAUGGGUGCUAUGUGGUGGGGUGGUGGACCAUGGUGGGCCGAGUACAUCUUCAGCAUGGAGCCCCCAUCUGGCACGGGAUACACGGCUUACAUUGAUACGCUUGCCAAGUAUAUUUGA